AUGAAGUGUGUAUAUACUUAUUGUUCUUUUACCCUUUUGUCAGAUUAUGCAAAAUAAUUAUUUAGUCUUCAAUCGGAAUAUGAAGUGUGUGUAUACUUAUUGUUCUUUCACCCUUGUGUCACAUAAUUAUUUGUAAAGAAUUAAGUAAUUUAAUUUGGUUAGAUUAGAUGCAUAGCAUGUUGGUUACUGUUGUACAGCGAAGCAGCUGAGAGGCCAUUAAAUACACACAGCACAAAACAAGCAGCACGUGUUCUUCCUUUAUAACUUCAUUUCUUAUCUAUCGCUUGCUUCUCUCACUCCAAUUUGAGAUCACUUCAAUCUUCACGGCCGCUCCGCUCACCCGCCACUUCAAUUUCUAGUAUCUACCGCCGCUCGGGUUUAGCUCAAAAUUUGAUUUUCUUCAAGAUAAAUUUAUGGCUCAGCGGUCACAAGUACCUCAAUUUGGCAACUGGGAAACUGAAGAAAUCCCCUACACCAUGUAUUUCGAUAAUGCCAGGAAGGAUAAGAAGAGUGGUCAGAUUUACCAAAUUAAUCUGGAUGACAGUGUUGAGGCUGAAUUGAAGGAUCAAAAAGCAUCUGAAGAAAAAAAGCCAAAGCAUGAGCGGCCUUCUAGUCGAGAAGAGGGUGAAGUAAGGAAAUCAACUGGUUCCCCAAAUGUAGUCAAUCAUAUACCUGCAAAUGACUCAUCUUAUAAAAGGCGUAAUAAUUCUUCACAAUCUGGAAGUGAUAAAUUGGAAGUAGAAGCAUUGAAACCCAUAGAAAUCUAUAGGCCAAGGCAUGAUCGGCGGUCUAGUAGAGAAGAUGGUGAAAUGAGAAGGCUAACUGAUUCUCCCUUGCGUCAUGAGACUGCAGGCCGAAGAAACAGUUCAAACUCACCUCACCAUCGCUAUGGUGGCUCGAGUGCUGGUGACACACCUAAGAGGCAUGCAAGGAAUAGUGUAGGGUCUGAUCGCAGUACGGAUCAUUCGCCACUGCAUCCGCAUUCCCAGGCCAGAGUUGGAGGAAAAAGUAUCGGAGUUUCUUCUCCUUCUUCAGAAAGGAAAGCUACAUCUGAUGGGAGCCAAAGUUUAGCACCCUCUACUCCUGGAAGAUCUCGGCUGAGAUCAGUUACACGAGGAGAUGACUCGCCUGAUCGAAGCCCCGCUGUUCCCAAAUUUGGCGACUGGGAUGAGACUGAUCCUGCAGCAGCAGAAGGGUACACUCAAGUUUUUAACCGAGUCAGAGAAGAGAAAAACAGUGAAACGGGAAAGGUACCAGUGAUGCCUACUGAAACAUCUAAUUCAAGUACUCAGAAGCAAGCAAAUGAGAAUACCAAGGGAUGCUUUUGCUUUUCAUGGACUAGAAGAUGACAAUGAGUGGACACGGUAUGUGAGACCCUUUCUUUUAGUAUAGAUAAUGCGGUGCAAAUUGCAUUAAUCAGCUAUACAGUAUUACAGUUGUUGAUAUUUUUAUUCAGAAAGGUCGGGUCUGAUAAUUUUUUUCCAAUGUAAGUUCAACUUACUCGCCUUCGCGUAAUCUUUGUAUUCAGUUAGUCCUUUGAUGUCUCUGCUGAAAUGCUAUUUUCUUAUAA